AGUCGGCCUAUGGAACUGCUAAGGAAAUUCGUUCUUUAAUUGAAACUACUCCAUUUAUUUUUAAAGACCUGUCGUCAAUUACGUUUAGUAUUGGUGUUUCUGGAGUAAAUUCUUUGGCGAAAAAGCCUAAGGACUUAUUGAAUCAUGCCGAAGAAGCUUGUAAAAAGGCCAAAGAAUAUGCACAAAUGGAAUUACAAUUAAAAUUCCAACUACCCAUUCUAUCUCAAAUCCCACCAUCACCACCAUUUCCACCAAAAGAGAAUAAGGUUUUGAAGAUAGAUAAAAAAUGGGAUACAAUUUUGGGUGAAAAAUUACCAUUAAUCGAACCCCAACAUUAUUUUAUGCUUAGUAAACUUAUUCCUCAACCAAAAUUUUCAUCUAAUAAAAUUUAUAGAAAUGUGGCAGCAGCUCUUCCAUAUAUUCGACAAAAAAUUAAAAUGUGGGGUGCUUAUAUUCUUUUGGCAGAAAACUUUGCGAAUUUAGAUGAAAGCAAAAAGUUAAUAAAAAAGAAUAGAUUAUCUAGAUUUGAUUGCCUUGCUACUUUAUUUGCCUCUGCCGAUUCCACUGUUAUUCAAAAUAUUUUUCAAAUUAUAUCUCAAUUCCCAAUAGCAUUUCCUUUAUUGAUACCUGAUUUAAAUAACGCUGAGAAGUUUAAAGUAAUGCUUCCUUUAUAUACCGGACCAGCUAUCAAAUGGCGUAUAAGCGAUGGAUCAAUUAUAAAAAAUCAUCUUUUUGAAGAUUCUUAUAAAAUGAUUGUUGCAGUUCGGAUUGGAAUGAACCCUCAAGGCAAAAGUACCAUACUUAAUCAGUUGAUGGCUUCAAAAUAUAUGUUCACAUCAUCUUCUGAGCCAAGAGCCAAUUAUGGAAUUUCGCAUAUGAUCAAUGGAAGUAUUGAGUUUGUUUGGCUGACUGAAAAGACUUGUGGUCCUGAUCUAUGGAAUAAUGUUUUUAAAAGUUACUAUAAAGAAGGGAGAAAUGAGAUUGUAUUGCUUGCAAAUUUACAUGGUGAUGCAUUGGAUUAUCUAGACCAAAUUGAAUUUCUAAAGCAAUUACCUUCUUGUUUCUUGGUUUUCUUAAUGCCUGGACAUAAUGAAGAUCAAAAGGUUGAGUUUAGGAACUUAAUUGGUUCGAAAAAGGUUAUAUACAUUCAUGUUAAUUCCGAGAGCAGUAUAGAUAAUUACAUAAUUGAUACAAAUUCUUUGACGAGUAAUGAAACAAUAAAAGAAGCUUGUAAAAUGUUUAAAGAUGUCUUAUAUUCCGGUCCCGUUUAUCCUGCAGAACUUGGUAAAUUUUCAAUUAGUACUUUAGAAAUUGGGAAGACCCUUCAAUUUUAUGAAAAAAUUGAGUGUGUUGAAUCUCAGGAAAUUAUAAAUUUUAUUAAGGAAAAAACUUGUCGUCAUGUUAAAUUAAAGAUUAUGCAACUUCAAAAAAAACAAGGUGGAUCUGAUUGUAUACAAUUUUGGGAACGUACACCAGAAUUGCGAGAAUUAAUGCAAUUAUUCAAUUCAAUUAUGGUUCUACCAAUUAGAAUAAGAAGAAGAGCUCUGGCGCAUCUUGAAAAAGAGAUAUCUAGGCUUUCUACAUUAGAAUUAUCAAAAGUUCGAAAUGAUGCUAUAUCAAAAAGAAAAGAAUUAACUAUUGCGAACAUUGAAGAGGUUGAUAAUAAAAGCUUGAGAAUAAAACAUUUCAUUCGUGAAUUAGGGCAAAUGUAUAAAAUAUUUAUUUCUGAUCCAAACAAAAUUACUUCUGAUAAUGGUCUAACUAAAGAAAAUAUUUCGAAAUUACCAGAAUAUUAUGCAGAGCUGUUAAUUAGUGGUCACACUAUAGAAUUGGUUGAUGGUGAUUCUGCAACUAUAUCUGAAGCAUGGUUCUUAGCCGUCUGUAAUUGUAUUAAUAGAAAAUUCACCAAACUUAGGAUUUUUGUAAUCAGUAUACUUGGAUUACAAUCUUCUGGAAAGUCCACUCUUUUAAAUACACUUUUUGCAAGUAAAUUUGAUGUCUCUGCUGGACGCUGUACUAAGGGAAUUUUUAUGCAAUUCUUAUUUUUGGAGAAGGACUUGUCUAAUCAACUUGAUGUUGAUGCUUUUAUUUUGAUUGACACUGAAGGACUUGGUAAAUCAGGAAAAAUGGGAGAACUAGAAACCAAACUAAAGGAUCAAAUAAUAGCAACUUUUGUAAUGCGAAUAAGCCAUUUGACAAUUAUUAACAUACUUGGAGAGUCAGAGUUAAAUAAAAUCUUGAAGAUAACUAUUGGGACAAUGACACGUCUUGACACGUUCCCUGACAUACUUAUGGUGCAACAUGUUGAAGAAAAAAAUAUGACAAAGUUAAUAGAUUUAGAACAUGAAUUUCAUGCAAUUCUUCAAGAAGUUUUAGAAACAGUUAAAAAAAAAGAUAGUAAAAUAAGAGCACGUAACUUUGAAUAUAUAAGUAAGGCAAAGGAUAAAAAGCUUCUCAAAUUAUUUGCACCAUUUAAAGAGGGUAUAACUUCUUAUUCUUCACCAUCAAAGCAAUAUCAUAAUGAUGUUGUUGAUUUAUACAAUUCUAUUAUUGAACUCUGCAAUAAUUCACAAAGUAAAAAAAGGUUUUUAGAUUGGUUUUCACUAAUUAAAGGUUAUUGGGAAGCAGUUUCAUGCGAAAGUUCUUCAAGCAUCUCUUUCGAAGAAAUUGAAGAAAUAUACGAUUUUAUUAAGUUCGGAAAUCAAAUUGCAAAUUUGAAAGGAUUUAUCGACACGGCAUUUUUAAAACAUAAGGAAUUGAUCGAAAAUGAAAUUCGAUCAAUUGUUUAUGAAUGGCUUUCAAAUAAAGAUUCAAACGUGAAUUCAAUUAAUACAAAAUAUGAAGAAUUGAUUAAAAAGUUAAACAACAUUCUAGAGCUUGAAAAUUUUGUAGAUUGUGAAGAGUGUAAAAAAGUAAAUGAAGAGAGAGAUAAAUUAGAUAAAUAUCUUGAAAAAAAGAAUGAUGAGAAGUGUAAAGAAGAGGCUAAUCAAACAAUCAUUAAUUAUAUUAGCUCUCGUCGUAAAUUUAUAUCCACAAAGCUUGAAAAUAUGCUUGAUGGAAUUUUAAUACGAAAUAGGUUUUCUGUAUUUAUUGACAGGAUACUGGAAGAAGUCCUAAGCAUGUGGGAAAAAUUGCCUGAUGAAAAGAAACUUGAAGAAAAAGCAAAUAAAAUAUGGGAACAAUUACGUGAUAUGGUAUCAGUAGAAAAUGAAGACCUUAUAAAGGAAGAGAUAGAUAACAUAGUUCAUGAAGAAUAUGGAACUAUGUGGACAUCUGACUUUUUAAAAAAUUACGAAAAUAGAAUUAUUCCAGAAUUAUCUAAGAUCAAUGCAAUACGUAAUGUUAGUUCGACUGAUUUUCUUGAGGAAAGGCUUAAAGAAGAAAUUGAUAUUUUGGUAGAACAAAUUUUAUUUGAUGUUAAAAGGUUUAAUCCUAGAGUUGUACGUAAUCUUAAAGACAAAACAGAAAACAAAUUGAAUGGUCUUUCAACUAAAUUUAAUGUAAAAUUUGAUCCUAAUUUUGAAAUGAAUGUUCACGUAUACAUGUUAUUAAAUUUUAGAGAAGGAAUGGUAGGAAUUCAAUAUAAAUGGGAUAAGAAUAAUACACCACUUGGCGUGCUUGACCAAAGGAAAGAUGAAUAUAUAGAAAUCAUUAAGCUUCGUCUUCAAUAUGGUCAUUCACAUAUAUAUAAAGGUCAUUUGACUGGGGCUUAUUUAUUGAGAGCUAUUCAUAAAAAAGCGGUAGAUGCAGAAAAUCGAGAUCGUAGAGAUGAUGUACUUAACAUACCUUGGAUAAAAAGUUCUGAAACAAUUAGACUUAAAUAUUUUCUUGAACUUGCUGAACAAAUUCAUAAAGGCAACAAAGAAAAGGCAAUACAGCACCUUUUAAAACCUCAAGAAAGAAUUGAAGAAUGUUUUAAAAGUAAUGUUAAUAACUAUACAAGAAAAGAGAAAGGACGAAAAUAUAAAGAAACUUUUAAUACGGAGUUUGAUUGUGUUUAUCAAAAAAUUCGAAAUUAUAAAAGUUAUAAAGAUAUCAAAGAGUUUGUAAACAAAUAUAUGACACAAGUUAAUGGUAUUGACUACCAAUUGAAUAUUAAAGAUAAUUUAAUUACUGAAAAUUUUAACUUAUUCCGUGAAGCUAUCAUAAAAGAGUUCAAUACUAAAAGGAAGAGCCAUUAUCAAUUAGAAGAGGAAUCACUACCAAAUCUAUCUGAUGAUGAAUUGAUAAAGAAAAGGCUUGGAUGCACAAAACCAUGUUUCUGGUGUGGUGCUUUGUGUUGGGGAGAAAGAGGCCAUGAUGAAAAUAGUGACGAAACACAAAUACAUCAUUCUAGCCAUCAACCAGCAGGCCUUAAGGGUACACAAUAUAUGCGCACGGGUAAAUUAAUUGUGACGGCAUGUCAUAACCGUCCGGAUAAUAAACAGAUGCAUUAUAAAGGAACCCAAAAAGCAUGGAGCGAUGCAAAAUCCACUGACUUCAAAGACUGGAAAUUCGGACCCCAUUACAUGACUAAUUUUAAUGAAAUUAUGUGUUGGUUUUUUGAAAUGCUGCACGAAGAUUUUGCAAAAAAGAUAAAUUUUAAACCAGCAGAUGAGUCAGAAUUAGAAAAACAUGGUUGCUUAAACAACGAUUACUAUAAAAUCAUUAGUGUGUUACGUCAGUAUCUUGAAAAUAACAUUCGUACUAGUAUUGCGGUUCAUAUUUUAGUCGCACAAGCAUUUAUUCCCAAUACAAAAAAUAAGCCCUAUGUUAAUCACAUCAACGGUAUUAAGCAUGACAAUCGAGCUGUUAAUUUGGAAUGGGUAACUUCUAAAGAAAAUGCCGAACAUUCUAUCACUCUUGCAUCAAAUACACUUAGUAUAGUAAUGAGUAAUAUUUCUCGAUGUUGUAGCGGAUGGCGUUGGAUGUAUUAUGAGGAUUAUAUAGAACGAGAUACAAAUGAAGAGUGGAGAGAAAUAGAGAUUAAUUCCCGAAAAUUCAAAGUUUCAUUUUUAGGGAGGGUCCGGUUACCCAACGGUUUAAUCACAAAAGGAUUUUUGGAUGCAGGAUAUUUUAGAGUCGCUCGAGAAAAAUAUCGUGUUCAUCGCCUGGUUGCAUUGGCAUUUUGCCCGAAAGAAAAGGGCAAAGAAUACGUGAAUCAUGUUGAUGGGGAUCCUACUAAUAACAGAGCUUCAAAUCUCGAAUGA